GAAAUCCAAAUAAAUAAAUUUGCUAGCCUCUUAUUACGCCAAGUUUCAUAUUGCAGCAGCCCUAAUUCCCAAAUUCUCUUCCGAUAAUUUGUUCACAAAUCCCUAGAAAAUCAAGAGGGAAUUUUCAAAUCUUACGGUGACCAAACCUGCUUCAGGCCUGCACAAGGAUUAAAGUUAAUUGAGUAAAUUAUCAUGAGAUUCAGAAAAGGAAGUAGAGUUGAGGUGUUUAGCAUCAAAGAGGCGCCUUAUGGUGUGUGGCGAUCAGCGGAGAUUAUAUCGGGCAAUGGUCACACUUACGGUGUUAGAUAUUACUCUUUCGAACUUGCUAACAAUGAGGUAGUUGAGGAAAGAGUUCCAAGGAAGAUAAUUAGGCCGUGUCCUCCGCAAGUAGAUGUAGAUAGAUGGGAAGCUGGUGAAUUGGUGGACGUUCUUGAUAAUAAUUCUUGGAAAACUGCUACGGUCUUGGAGGAGUUAUCUGGAAGAUAUUAUGUCGUUCGGUUACUUGGUGCCAAAGCAGAACUUACGGUUCACAAAGUUAUUCUCAGGGCUCGACAAUCUUGGCAAGAUGAAAGAUGGGUUAUGAUUGGAAAGGUAUCUUGUUCUGUGAAGUCCUCGACGCUGACUGGAUCAGAUGAACAGCAGAAUCUGAAGCCCCUUCUGAACAGUGUGGUGCCCCAGGAGACUAGUGUUGCUUCUUUAAGAGUGUUGAAGAGACCUUCACCCUGUGAUUGGGCAGAGUCUGCUGAAUCAUGCACGAGAAGUCCUAAGAAGAUACGAUCAUUGGAGGAAGAAGGACACCAGCACCGGUUUGCUUCGUCUGAACUUAGGGGUGUUAAAAUGCACGUGCAAGCUUCCUUUAACAAGAGUGGUUUCCGUCAACUGGUCAGGGUAAGAUCAAAAAGGUUUAGUGAAUGUGUUGGUACAGGAAGCUCAGUCUCUAAUGGUUGUUAUGAUACUGAUGCAUGCUCGGUUGGUAGUUGUAGCCCUAUUAGUUAUGAUGAGAGUGACAUACCAACUUCUUUUCUAGAUGGUGCUAGUCAAGGUGCCGACUCUUGUAGUAGUGAUGCUGAAUCUUCAAAAGAAGCAUUUGGAUGCAGAGAGGAAGCUAGGCGAAAACAUUCAUUAUCAGGUAAUGGAGCGGUGGUGAGAUCAUGUAGGCCUGAACUAUACACUUACCGAAGUACACUGAGGAAGCUAUUUGCUUCCGGCCCCCUAAGUUGGGAUCAGGAAGCAUCACUAACCGAUCUUCGACUUUCUCUUAAUAUAUCAAAUGAUGAACAUUUGAUGGAGCUAAGAAAUCUCAAGUCUGCCGGUGUCGGCCAUACUUCCCUGCAAUGUGGAAUCAACUGUUGUAUAUUGUUCUUUUUCUGGAGGAUUCUUAUAGUGAUUGUAUAGACAGCAGAAAGGAAAUUAUGUAUGGAAACUCUGACUGAAAAUUUACAAUCCUCAUUGUGAUGUUUUCGUCUUAUUGUCAGCCUAAUUUUCUUUGUUGUACUUUCUGGAUAAUUAAAUUGAAGUUACAGAAUCUCUGUUCUAAAAUGAGUCAUGUCUUUUCUUCAUAUAUACUUUAGUUUCUUGUGUUUAAGCUUCUGGAUAAGUUGAGUCAUUUGUAUUUUCCUCAUCAGUGAUGGAUUAGUUAACUUACCCUACAUUUUUCAGGAACAGUGUAGCCAUGUCGGAUGACUGCAGAUCUUUCUUGCUUCUAGAGAUCUUACUCUGAUGCAUGAGGUCAACUGAAUGGUGUUCUUGGAUAAACUCCGUGGACAGGCUUGGAACUGUUCCUAGCCGAAAGAGAAAUAUUUACAGUCUGGUUGUUUAUGUUUGCCGACGAUUGGUAAGUAUUAAUGCACUAGGUUGAAAGUUCUUCAAUCGUAACAUGUGUCUUAUAACUGAGAGCGUAAUAUCGAGGUUGUGGAAAAUACUGACAGUAGUCUUUGCUCUUCCAGCAAAUGUGUUACCAGUAGAUUGGGAGGUCAGAUUCUCAUGAUUUCUCUUCUAACCACUUUGAUUGUGAAACUGUCCAUGCGUUUAUUUUAGUAUAUAAGAAAAUACCCGAUUUCCUACGGCCAAUAUUGUAUGUAUAGUUGGCCUGGUCAUCAAAAUCUACAGAAAAACACGCAACUCAUUGUUAUGAACUCAGGAUUACGACUUACGACAUUUCAAGCUGAUUUACUAGAGGUGCGGAUAUUCAUAUGUUAGCAUAAA